AAAGUGACAUAAGACAUUUCUUCCAAUUUACAUUAAGAUGGAUACUUUUUGCCUCAUGGCAUCCUUUUGGCUGGCCCUGGUAGGAGGAGUAAUCAGUGACAAUCCUGAGAGAUACAGCACAAACCUAAGCAGCCAUGUGGAGGACUUCACCUCUUAUCUGGGGACAGAAUUCAACUCUCCGAGUACCACUCAUCAACCUACCAAUUUGGUCCUGCCCAGCAACGGCUCAAUGCAUAGCUAUUGUCCACAGCAGACUAAAAUCACAUCUGCUUUCAAAUACAUCACCACUGUGAUAUCCUGCACAAUCUUCAUCGUGGGAAUGGUGGGGAACGUAACUCUGCUUAGGAUCAUUUACCAGAACAAGUGUAUGAGGAAUGGCCCCAAUGCGCUCAUAGCAAGCCUGGCCCUGGGAGACCUUAUCUACGUGGUUAUUGAUCUCCCCAUCAAUGUGUUUAAGGUAGGAAAUUCCUGUGCACUUUGUUGACCUCUGACCCCUUGCUCUGUUCUGACUGGGAGGCUUAGUUCUGCUAUC